ACAGCGCAGACGGGCGGCCCCAAAGCUCCCUCUCUCUGUGCGUCACACUGGAAGUUUCUCUGGAAUCGACAGGACUGAAGCACACAAUCUGGAAGCAGAAGAAUGGACAGUGUGUGAAGCGUCCGUUUGUUGAUUUGUGUCAUUAACAGCAGAAACGAACACACUGCUCUGAGGAGAUUCUGCUGCAGGAGGUCAGAGGUCACGCCAGCAUCUGAGGAUUGUACUGGGAAAGGGUCCGAGCGGAUCUCCCACAGCUUGAAGAUCCAACCCGAGUUUAGCCUUCAGUAUGUGGAUCAUGAACUCCCUGAGAAACGCAGUAUAAUGCACAAAUGGACGCUGCGAUGGAAACUGCCUGAGUUUGCGUGUGGACUGUGGCUGGCGCUGCUGGUCAGCCGAGUGUGUGUGUGUGUGUGUGAUGGAGAGUCUGUGACCGACUGCUCCAAACACGAGCGCCACACCAGGAACUACGACUACAUGGAGGGAGGGGACGUUCGGAUCCGACGCCUCUACAGUCGCACACAGUGGUUUCUGAUGAUCGACGAGUUCGGGAACAUCAGCGGGACGCAGGAUCCCAACAACUGCUACAGUGUUCUGGAGAUCAGGACGGUUUCGGAGGGCGGUGUGUUGGCCAUAAAAGGACUGAAGAGCCAGUAUUAUAUUUCCAUGAACCGCACCGGAAUGUUACAGGGCAAAAAAGACUACAACGACAGCUGCAACUUCAAAGAAGUGUUUUUAGAGAACUACUACACGGCGUACUCGUCCGUCAAAUGGACUAAAAACGGCAAAGAGAUGUUCAUCUCUCUGUCACAGAAGGGCCGACCGCUGAGAGGAAAGAAGACGAGGAAGGAGAGCAUCUCUUCUCACUUCAUCCCUCGAAAGUGCAGGGAAAACGAGAAGAAGCUGGCGUGAAGAAGAAACAGCAGAGACGCUGUUACUGCGUCUGUUUGGCUUUACUCGUCUUAUUCAUCAAACUCUAUCAAUAAAACAUUCACUCUGUCACACUGACACACACACACACACUCACUCUCACACACACACACUCGUAUACACACUCACACACAGA